AUGGGCGAAUGCUACUGUGGGAAGUUGGGAAGCAUGGUGCCAAGGGAUGGGCUUGUUAGUGCAUACAACUUUUUUCUUCUGCUAUCUCCUGUUGUUUCUGUUUGGGAAUGUAUUGUUCGCAAGAUGAGUGUCAUUGGGAGCAUGGAAUGCACCAAGGUGACACCUAGCGUCCGGAAAGCAAAGAAGAAGCAAGUGAAAGAUGAGUUAGAUCGCCUUAAACAGGCUGAGAAGAAAAAGAGGCGGUUGGAGAAAGCACUUGCUACUUCAGCAGCCAUCCGUUCUGAGCUAGAAAAGAAAAAAGAAAAAAAGAAAGAAGAACAGCAGAGGCUUGAUGAAGAAGGUGCUGCAAUCGCUGAGGCUGUUGCAUUGCAUGUCCUCCUGGGUGAGGACUCAGAUGAUUCAUGCAAGAUUAGCCCUCUGGGUUCUGCUAACGAUAUUAACUUUUUUAUGGGUGGACAAAGAAGCAGUCUUCCUCAUCAUGGCAUUUCAAAACAUUCAUUGGAUGGUGUUGGGUGGGUUCCUAACAUUUAUCGAUCUGGAUGCCAAUGGAAUGAAUGCGGAAACAGUUACUGGUCAGCCCCAUAUGGCCAUUUUCUGGGGGAUCUCAAGAUGCCAUACACUGAUAGUAGAAAUUGGGAGACUACAGAAAUUUCUGCAGGCCUUAUUGCAGCACAGGCUGUGGCAUCACUUCAAAUUGCAGAGGGUGCAGGUGUUGAGCCUUAUGUUCGCAACAGAAUGUUGCGGUGGUAA